AUGGCCUCGCCUCAUUUUUUCCGGCUUCGGGCUCGAAUUCAAAAAUUUGCCAAAAUGUCAGCGAAUGGCAAAAAUGCAUUCUUGGUCGUUGAACUGCGCGGUACAAAUGAGUUGAUUGGAUACGGAGGGUACAACACUUUUGAAUCUGUCGACCCGACCGAGUUCCUUGACCAAACGACACUACAAGGAAGCAAAGCGUACAUGACGGACAUCGGUAUCAUAAUCGAUCAAAAACACUGGCGCAAGGGCUAUGGUCUGGAGUUGGUCAGCGUCCUCAUCGAGUACGCCCAAAACGAGCUUGGUUGCGAGGUUUUCAGAGCAGAGACAGGCGACGACAAUGAACCAUGGCGAGCUCUCAUGCAAGCGGCAGGUCUUGCUAAGUUCGAGGGACGGCACAAAGCAAGCUAUGACGAGAAACAGGAGGUUUGGGUCUGGAAGUUUGAUGCAGGACAUUGGAAACAGGAAAAAGAAAGGAUGCAAAUGGAGGGAAAGUGGCCACUCUAG